AUGUGCAGACUGUGCAGCAGAGGAGGACUAAAAGUCAAAAUGCUUGCUGCUGUGCUGGAUAUUGGCUUAAAACUAUGUCUUUUACAGCUCCUCAUAAGCCCAUGCUUUUUAUUUUAGUCCAUAGUAUAUUUAGUGUAACCUCAAAUCAAGUGAAAGAGCAGAAGGCUCCACAUAUCUCUUGGUUUCAAAUAAUCGUGUCAGUGGGCUCUCCUUCACCAAAUGUAGGUUAUCACAACACACAGGCUCUCUCCCUCUCUCCGGAUCGUACCACCGCAGGGAUGAGCUUUAACUUGUGCGAUGAAAGCUGGAGAUGAAUACUUCAUCCCUGACCCACAUAAUGGCGAUAUAUGAGGCACGGUGAGCGGAGCUGUGUCGUGUUCCAGCCCGCUCCUCCGCUCCGGUACGGCGGGAGCUGCUAACGGCGCGCCUCGCCUCCCAUCUUUCUCCGCCUGGAUCCCACUCCUCUCUCCAUCGCUCACCUCCAGAGAGAGGAGAGGAGCGGGAGAGGAGAAGCGGCCACACCGAGAGAGGAGCGACGGAGGCGGGAAAAGUAACUGAUUCACAGUGCUGAGAAAUCAUCAAGGGUGUCCUGCCUGGGAUUCCAACCUGAAGGGGUCUGUGAGAGGCUGGAGCGUCCCCAGGAGAGGAGAGUUCAGCCUGGCCUUUAACUGAUCCGACACUCCCACAGCUCACCUCCGCUUCACCUUUCCAAUAAAGAACCUCCCCCUCACCCUGGGGCCCUGACUCCAGUCUCACAGCUCUCCCACACCUCCAUCUACUCAGCUGCCUCUGAUCAAUCCACCCCCAAAAUUUCCCUGACUCUGGCCUCCUCCCUUAUCACUUCCUGCCUCAUCGAGUCUCCACUGGGGUACUGAGGUCAUGGCGUUACCUUCAACCCACGAGUUUCACUGGCAGAGCCUGGCACGACUGCCCAGCGGCCGCGUCUACCACACUCUGUCUGAGGUGGGGGGGCAGAUGUAUAUGCUGGGGGGCUGCGACGCUGCAGGGAGGCCCUGCCCCGCCUUGGAGCUCUACUCCCCUGAGGAGGACCGCUGGAUGAGCUUGCCUCCCAUGCCCACUCCUCGUGCUGGAGCAGCUGUGGCAGUGCUUGGAAAACAAAUCCUGGUGGUGGGAGGAGUGGGGGACGACCAGAGCCCCCUGAAGGCGGUGGAGAUGUACAACACAGAGGAAGGGAGGUGGAGGAAGAGGAGUGCUCUGCGGGAGGCCUUGAUGGGUGUUUCCAUCACUGUGAAAGAUGGCCGUGCUCUGGCUGUUGGGGGAAUGGGUGCUGACCUGCUCCCUCGUAGCAUCCUGCAGCAGUAUGACCUUCGAAAAGACGUGUGGGCGCUACUUCCUCCCAUGCCGACUCCACGCUAUGAUGCCAACAUACAUCUGCUGGCCAACAAGCUCUUUGUAGCAGGCGGGCGCCAGUGUAAGCGGCCAGUGAAGGCCUUCGAGGUGUAUGACGCAGAGACACGCACUUGGACUACGCUGCCCACGAUGCCUUGCAAACGCUCUUAUGGGGGUGUGAUAUGGGACGUAACUGGGAGGUUGUGCCUGCUUGGAGGACUGCGUCAGGGAGGAGGACACCAGAGCUCCAAGUUCACCAAGAAUGUCAAUAUUUUUGAUACCAACCAAGGCGCCUGGUUGAAGUCUGAGGAGACGGUGGCGAUGAAAACAAAGAGAGCUGACUUUGCUGCUGCUUUCCUGCGUGGCCGGAUGGUCGUAGCAGGAGGACUUGGUCAUGAGCCCUCAGCACUGGACACAGUGGAGGCCUUUCAUCCGCAGAAGAAGAAAUGGGAGAGGUUGGCUCCUAUGACCUUCCCUCGAUGCUCCACCUCCUCCAUCGUCAUCAGAGACCGCCUCCUGGUGGUGGGAGGAGUCAACCAGGUUCCCAGCUCGGCCCAUGAGAUCCUGUAUGUAAAAGAAGAAGAGUAUCUGUAGCCUGCAGUAGCUGACGAACGCAGCACAUCGCUGAUUCCACUUCCUCUUCUCUGUACCACCCUCCUGAACCAGGCUCUAGUGCAAUACAUAGGAUUCACUGAAAAAAAAAAACUGAGAGUGAUGGAGUCUGAGUGAAAGUCCCGGACUUUGGGCUGUCAUGUACCAGCCCACACUGCCCCCUGCUGGGCAGUCCUGACACUGAGCCCCACAUGUAAGCACACACAUGCACAACGGAGGAGCUGGCUCUUUCUUUAUACUCAGUUCUGUUUCUUGAUACUUUUAGUAUGUGACACUCCUGCGUCAUAUGUUGCAGUGCAUACAUUGGAGAAGAAACUAUUUUGUAGCUUAUAUGUCUAGUAAUGUAGACAGGAAACACUUGGAAAACCGAUUUUAUGGCAUAUAUAUGCAUUUCAUGUUGGGUUUUGUGUCUUUUGUGUUUAUUCGUGUGCAGCUUGCUAACAAGUGAGCAUCUGUAGAUAGAUGACUGCUGACAUGACUGCAAUAUUUGUAUAUAAUUUAAUAUCAUUGAUAUCACGAAAAAAAAACUCUGAAAGUUAGUAAAUGAUUGGUUGAAAUGUACUGUAACAAAUUUUGCACUAAAGCAAUUAAAACAGAGUGGGAGUUGAUUUUACCAACAAUAAUUUCUAGUGUAAUGUCUUGUAGUAAUUACACUGAGAAUGCUGUACCAUCACUCUUUAAGCUGUAACAGUGUACAUUUGUGGGUAUGAUCAUAGAUAUGAUUUAAUGCAUUGCAUAGAUGAAAAGAAACUGUUAUUAAAGACAAUGUGUUGUUUGUUCAAGUUAUUAUCAGAGUGCUGUUGUAGGCAAAGACCUGGAUCCAGUUUGACUCUGAUCGAUUGUACACAUUUUAUUCCUGCAGCAAUACAAGUUCUCUUUUCCUCAGUGUUUCAUUUGUGCAACCUGUGCUGUGCUGUAAUAACCAUCAGUGAACACCUCACUCAGGUUGUGAUGUUACAGACUGUGGAGAUAAUGCACAGAUUGCUAUUAUGUUUGCUGUCAUUAUAGUCAAAGCCAAGUCUCUCUGGCUCGGCUGUUAUGUAACAGGUGAAGCUGUGAAAUAUUUCAUUGUGUUGAGAGUUUCUCCUACAACAUGAUUGAUCUCUGAUCUGUCCCACACCCAAUCAUGUCAUGUACUAUUGAGGGUAUGAAUCGUCAUAUUCAGUGGAAUAAAUUGGAUCUAGUUUGUA